AUGUGCAAAGCCGGAUUUGCCGGAGACGAUGCUCCAAGCGCCGUGUUCCCAUCCAUCGUUGGAAGACCACGUCAUCAAGGAGUCAUGGUCGGUAUGGGACAGAAGGACUCGUACGUCGGAGACGAGGCCCAAUCCAAGAGAGGUAACUAUUUUUAA